CCUCGAAUACACCGUCAACCAACCUCAGCUAUUUUCGUCUUCUUUCCCUCGAACGGCUGGGAAGGAAGGAAGGAAGGAAAGAGGAGGAGAAGUUUGGCGACGUUAAAAGUAACAGAAAGAAAACAACGAAAAAGGGUGUUCGAAAGAGUUUUUCUUUUCUCGGAAAUCGUUCGUCAAAGGUAAAAAGAGAGAUGCGUGCGUUGCAAUGCAACCGAGUCCUGUAAUUUGUGCAUGCUCUUGCUGUUGCUGCUGAUGCUGCUGGAACUGAAGCUGGAACUGGAGCUGAAGCUGAAGCUGAAACUGGGUACGCCGUCGUUCGGUUGGCGACGCGUCGGGUGACAAAAUUAAUGGCGCAUCGUUGACGUCUUGUUUAAAAUGACAAAUGGUGGUAGCGUAGGUUGUUCUCUCUCUCUCUCUCUCUCUCUCUCUCUCUCUCUCUUUCUCUUUCUCUCUCUGACGACUUGUAACAAGAUACAUCGAGCGUGAUACGAUGCGUAUAAAACGAACGAUCCGUACAACGCGACGAAUUCGUUUUGUUGGCCGAGAUUGAGAGAGACAAAAGUUUAAUUAGCACGUUUAUAUUCGUCGGUGAACGUCGAGAAAAGGAAAAAAAAGAAACACGAGAUGAAAAAACUUGCAAAAUGGUCGAUCGUUUAUCUGACUAUUAUCUUCAUCAAGGAAACAAUUUCCGAUUUAAACGUCUCCUCGAAGAUAGAUCUCGACUCGAACGAAAUCCAUGAAACAUCUUCUGAUCAUCCUGUCGUCGUCUCAAACCAAAAGGAAAGAACCAUAAAUGUACCAAAAGGUCCUUCGAUACGCAUUAACGAACAAUUCAACAACCCAUGGUUACAUCGAUCGAGACAAUCUUUCGUAAGAUCAAGUUUCCCAGAAGAUUUGAGAAAACGAAGAAUGCAUCAAUCAUUAGGGUUGCCGGGAAAAACGGCAAACGCUGUAAUAAACAAUGUAAGAAUUUUUGUAAACGGAAACGAGACAGGAAAGAGAUCGAAUGCAGAUUCCUGCGAAAAUGGUGUUUGCGACGUAUCGGUUUCAUCAAGAACCGAUGAAGUAGGCAACAUUGUCACGGACGUACAUAUAACCAUAAUCACUGUGAACACGAAGCCGAACAUCGAAGUCAACGAAAUUCCUGUCAUCGAUGGAUUUCGAGGCAUCGAAGAAAAGUCAUCUCCCGUGUCAUCUCCCAUGCCACCUCCCAUGCCACCUCCCAUGCCACCUCCCGUGUUUCAUCUUCAUGAUUAUGUGAAACCAACUUUCACUCAUCUUCUACGUAACAACAAUAUACCGCAAGUUCAAGUCCGUGGAUUUGCAGAACCAAACAACGAGGAAGUUAGUUUUCAAGAUCGAAGGAACUACGGAAGAAUAUAUCCGACUUGGUAUAACACGCGUAAUUACGAGCAGCAUGUAUACAACAAAGGUUUUCAAGAUUCUAGGCCAUGGUUUCCGCGAAGAGUUAAAGUUGACGAUAAGAUCGAACCUCCGCUUAGUAAAACGAAGCAGUCCGAGGAGUAAGAGAUUUCUAGAUCUUAAAAACAAUGCGACUAUCAUCAUAUAAGGAUUCUCCUGUUGUGAAUGUAAACGCGAAUGAAAACAAGGAAAGAGAACGAAUACUAUGAAAAUUUCGUAAAGUCACUUGUCUUUAUUUUUUAUCAUGAAAGUUACAAUGAUAUUUGAUUAAAAAUAAAUAUGAAAAAUCUUCUAAAACGAUACGUUUAGCAAAUGCAAACGAGUAUUUUUAAUAUUUUAUCUUAUUGUUUUUCUUUUUUUUUAACCCUUUUAUUUCCUACUCAUAUAAGGUAAUAUUUAGAAAGUAAAAUUUGCAAUUUGUAUUAAUUACCCUGAGAAAUAAACAUCUCGCUUUACGCUUGAUGCGAAGGUUAGUUUAAUUGAACUUAUACAUUUGCAUAUUACAUACGGUUAUACAUAUUAUAUGCAUA